AUGGAGCCCUGUGAUUCAGUUGAAAUCCCAGCGCUAGUUGAAGCAACUUCUGCAGCCUUCGUAAAAGGUCGAAGAAUUAUUGACGGUUCAACAAAAGUGGUGCCAAAGCAGGAACCCAAGCAAGAACCCAAGCAGGAAUCCAAGCAGGAAACCUCGAAGAAAGCUGGCCACUCUGAUACCAAGCAAGGAAAAGGGAAGCAGUGGUCCAAGGGGUCCGGUGGCAACAAGAGGCGCAACAAUGAAGACAAGCAAGCUAGAAAGUCGAACUCUGAUGGUCAAAACAGAGUUGCUGCCUUGAAAGCUACCGAAUAUCUUGAGGUGGCUCGCGACGAUGUUGAAACUCUUUGCUCGGUUGCUCGGGCUAUCAAGACGUAUUUGAUAAUGACGGCGGAAGCAGUGAUUAUUCGCCAGUUGCUUUUCUUCCACCUGCCAACCAAAUCGCCUCUUUACUUUGUGUCGUAUGAGAAAUACAGCAGCCCCAAAACCAUCAGCUCCUAUGGUGGUUCCGACAUCGUGUUAGAAGGGGAAGGUAAAAUUGCUGUUGUAUUAAAAGGUGACGGUGGCACCAAUAUUUGCCAUAUUGCUGACGCACUUUAUUUUCCUGCUGGGUCUAGCAAUUUGUUUUCUGAUUCUGUCUGGCGCACGCACGAUGUUUCUUUUCAUACGGUCCCAAGUGGGGACUGUCUGGCCUAUUUUGGUGAGGAAAAGGUUGGUAGGGUUGGUGGUGCCAGAGAUGCCAAGUCUCACAUUUGUGCCAACAUUGUUCCGGUAAAGUUUACUAGGAAUAUCGUACCUCCAACUGGCUCCUUCAAGUUCUCAGGAAAUUCAAUUGACUGGGAUCAGAUUUGCAGACAAGGACCAGAAGCUAUGAGGAAGGUUGAUAAAUCAGCUCUCGCUGUUGGAAAGGGACUUCCUGUCCUCUCACCGUCUCUCAAAUUUAUUGCAAAGGAGGCCGUGUUGAAUUCGCAGGCACUUGACUGUCAUGUUCGGUUUGCUCAUUGCUCUUUGACUUCGGUGAAGCAUUUAGCCAAGCUUGCUGAUCCUCCCUUUGAGGUGACCAAGCGUGACGAAGAGUUGAUCAAGGACUGUGUCAUAUGUGGCACGUCAAGAAGCAUUAAGCGGUUCACUUCUCCGGAUAAGCAUAUAGCUUCUGAAUCCACGGCUCCGUUAGCCCAGAUUCAUGCUGAUCUCGUCGGUCCCAUAGGUCCUGCCUCUUCAGGGGCCAGGUACAUGCUGAAUAUCAUUGAUGCAUUUUCUGGUUACAUCUAUGCUUUUGCUCUGGAAUCUAAGGAUGAAGCUCCUGGGAAACUUAUCCAGUUCUUUAAGCAGUUUGUGCCCAAAGCUGCUCGCCGUGCUGCUGACGGCAAGGCCACCAAGCUUAUUACUGACAAUGGUGGUGAAUUUAUCUCUGGCACACUUGGAAAAUUUUUGGCAGAUUGGGGCGUCAUUCAUAUUUUAACUGCUCCUGAUGAACACCAACAAAAUGGAAAAAUUGAGCGUGCCCACCGCACACUUCGUGAGAUAUCUACUAGAGCCUUGAUGCAGUCGACACUCUGGGCCAAUAUCUACUGGGACUCUGCCUGGCUCUACGCUGUGCAGCCUCGGGGCGAGCCUGCUCUGUAUUUGGGUCCCGACCCGUUAAAUCCUAAGAAUUUUCUAUGCAUUACGAAGAACAAGCGCAUUCGGCGCUGUGUACACGGCAACUUUCGUGACCAUGUCUUGCCUGGCGUUAAAUUUUUUGGCGAAAAGCCAAUUUACGAGGGUGACAUUCUCAUUGACUACAGUGAGAAAAGUGAAGAUGAAUCUGACUCUGACGACUACUCUCCCACUUCACUCUCUGGUGGUGGUGGUGGUAACUUUGGCUGGACUUAUGUGGGCUCUGAGGGAAGGAGCCACAGAUCCAGCAGAUUGGAGGACCAGGAUUCUACUUCUACAUCAUCGACACCUAUAACUGUAAACUCUUUUCAACCGUUGGAAGAUGUUGAUGUGGAGCUGGUUGCAGAUGAAUCAAUUAGUGUUGCUGACGACAAAGAUACACUUCAGUCUGAGGAUCAUAUAUUGCUCGAAGAUUCUGCUGUUGAUGAUGCUGAUUUGAGAUCGGUGAACUCCAACGUAGCUGGUCGCCCUGGUUCCGAAGAUACUAACGAAGAUUUUUCUCACGAAAAUUCAUUUUCUGAACAUAUGGUAAAGCUCCAGAAAGCCUUUGCUCCAGGAACUCAGUCGCCCUCAGUGGUGGCUCAUCAAACAAGUCCGGUGACUCUUCCCAAACAGCUACACAUUUUGGAUGAGGAUGACAGUGUGGAUCUUGCGCUGUCUGGAACUGCUGAACUUAUCCGUGAGGCUUCAGCUGUUGAAACCGCGAACCAAUCUUGUGGUGACAAUCAGGAUGCGGUUGACUCAGAAACCAAUGAUGAAGACAUGGAUGGGUCUGUGGAACAUAUACUGGGUUUCGACGAAUUGGAAGACUCAUCAGAUUCUGAAUUUUCGUCUAGCGACGUUGUCAUGGAUUCCUCUACUAAGUUGGAGGAAGCUCCUGCGAGAGAUGUCGGGGUGCCGCAAGUUUUAGGUGACACUCAAGGUACUGCUACAAGCACAAAUAAUCCUGCCAGCAAUCAACUGGUUUUGGCGGCGGCGGAACUUGUACGGGCCACCACCGAGCUAGUACAAAAUACGACGUCAGCAAAUCGGUCUGCCAGAAUGGCUGAGGUGGGCGGUAGUAGGAAGAGGCAUCUAAAUUUAGCGAGAUUAAAAUCUGCGCUGGAACGGGCUGGUCAGCCAGAAAAUCGUCGUUUACAUGCCGGUAGGCGGAGCCAAGUGGCUGGCUCCUCAGGUAUACGGCAGGAGCUACCGGAGCUACCCCCAGCGCCCUCCUCUGAGAGGCUGUUGCUGGGAGCUGGUGGUUCUGAUACUGUUACUACUGCUGCAUCUGGAAGUGGCAGUGAACUGAGAGACACUGCUGAGAAUGAUCGCCCACGCUUACCGCCUGCACCAUCUACUCAGAGGCUCCUGCUAGAGUAUGGGCGAGCAGGGGACGCUACAAGCUUUGGGGACAAUGCAAGCGACGUGCAGCACAGCUCCGUGCAACAAAAUCGACAUAUGCUACUUCCGGCUCCACCUUCGAGACGGUUGUUGUUGGCAGCUCCUCCUUCUUCUUCUGAACAUGAUUCGCAAACUGCUGGGCAAGUAGCUGUUCGACAAGCAAGCCAACACUCUGCUCCGGCAGAAGCCCAACAGCCUCUUGCUGAUACUGAAAGAAUUACUAGGUCUGCUGCGGGUGCUGCGGGUGCUGCGGGUGCUGCGGGUGCUGCGAGUGCUGCGAAAGUGCCUGCUCCGUCGUCCAGACACCGUCAUCGAGAAGCUUCUCGGGACACAGUUGUUGUUAACAAAAGAUUGGCUGAUUUGAUUGAGCAAAAUGGCUAUUAUGUUCCUAACAGUGCACUUCAGCGGCUGGCGCGAAAAGAAAAUUCUUCAUUAAUUCUAAAUCGCACAAAUCUAAUUACCCGGCCUACUGAUAACCUUCCACUAAAAGUAUCCUCAGAAAAUUCGACUUCAAGCUCUUCACCAAGAUUGGAAAAUGAAGCCACGAAUGAUUCUCCUACAACACCUUCUACUCCUGCUUCUUUGUCCUCGGAAUCAUCUGCACAUUCGGUGCCAAAUCGACUUAGGAGCUUUAAAGAAAUCUGCGAAAAAAGAAAUCGCUCUGCAAGCCCAACCACUACAGCAUCGGGCUUACUUUGGGGCUCUCGCUCCUCUGAUCGGCACAGUGAUAAACUGAAACUCUCGAACUCUGAGUCAGCUUUGGACUCGGAACCUGGGUCACUGCUACAUGGCUUGCCACCUCGUGAGCGUUCAACACUGAGAGCCUCACACGGCCACCUCCAGGGUACACCGGAUCUUAGAUUCAACCCCACUCCCGAUGCAGUUCCCUUUCUUUCUCACACUCACUCGGCAACACACAAUGUCCCUACUACUUCAACAUCAGUGGAUGAAGACUCAGUCGUUAGCACUGACUCGCCGUCCCACUCUCCCGCCUCCACACCCGAAAUUGAAGUUGAGGCUACAAGCGAUGAAAUCUUAACCGCAGCACCCUACAAUUCUGACUCCCAGGGCUCAUCAGAACACUUAGCUGACGGCAUUGAUUUCUUACAUGAAACUUUUGUUUCUUCGCCUGCUGAUGAUGAAAUUAUUUUUGUUGAUGAAUCGGCAAGCCCAUCAGGAGAUCCGUCUGCCGGGGCUGCCGACGAUGUCAUUGGCAUUGGCUGCAUCUACUCGAACUCUGAAGAACCAACUGUGAAAGCCCGCAUGGCGUCUGGAAGACUUGACACACUCAACGCUAUUAACAUUAAGCUUCCAAUUUUAAGAAAUGACAUCAAAGUGAUCGCCCUGCCUUCAUUCGAUUUCCGAAUGUGGGAUGGCGCUGCUCGACCCUGGCAAGAAGCUAAAAGGGACCCACGGUCACUUGCGGAAGCCAACAACAGAGAAGAUAAGCGCUUCUGGUUUGAUGCGGCCUAUUCGGAAUUUGCUGCCAUUGAUGGAAAUCAUGUCUACCAAGUUGUGCCUCUCCCGGCGGGUCGCAAAGCCCUUGGCACCAAAUGGGUGCUGAAGAAGAAACUCAACACGGAUGGUUCAAUUGACAAGUACAAGGCUCGUCUUGUUGUUCAGGGGUUUCGUCAGAAGUUUGGUGUUGACUAUGUUGACACCUUUGCGCCAGUGAUGAGAUUCAGCACUGUUCGUCUCAUUUUCGCCCUAAGUGCGGCGAAGAACUGCGAGAUGCACCACGUCGAUGUUAAAAAUGCUUUCUUGAAUGGAGAUCUAGAAGAAGACAUCUAUGUCAAGCCACCAACAGGAAUUGACCAUAAUACCCCUCCUGGCAUGGUCUGGAAGCUGAAUAAAAGCUUAUAUGGACUGAAGCAAGCCCCUCUGUGUUGGAACAAGAAGCUUGUUGACAAGUUGGAAGCACUAGGUCUUUAUGUUGACGACAUCUUAACGGCGUCAAAUGUACCGGGAGAAUUCGAGCGUUUUUUCAAGGGCCUAUCUGGUUACUUUGCCAUCAAAGAUGAAGGUGGUGUUAACAAAUUCUUGGGAAUCAGAGUCCAGGACUCCGACAGGACAAUAUCUCUGGAUCUGGAACAUUAUAUUGCUGACAUGAUUGAGGUUUUCAAAUUGAGUAAUCAAACAGCUAAGUCGAUACCGUUGCCCAAGAAACAUGGCCUUGAUUUCCCACAGGGCCUCGAUGCUCGUCCAGCUAACCAAUCGCUGUAUCGCAGCAUUCUUGGCAAGCUACAGUUUGCUGCACAGACGGCCCGUCCGGACAUUGCCUACGCUACAGGCAAGCUUGCUCAGUAUGCGAGUGACCCUAGAGCUAUUCAUAUGGAUAGAGCAUAUCAUGUUCUGAGCUACCUCAAAGGCACCAAGGACCUGGCAAUUGUCUAUCACAAAAUGUACCAGGGCCUCUCCGCGGCUUCUGAGAGGCUGGCUUUGCAUUCUCUCAUGGUCCCUCAACCUUCUUCUUGGAAGUCGGCCAAACAGAAGUUGACAGCAACUUCCACAACCGAGGCUGAGCUGAUUGCCGCUUUCUCUGCCACGUGUGAGGCAGUUUACUUCCGAGAUCUUUUGGAAGAACUUGGUGAAUCUCAACCAACGACUGUCAUCAUGGAGGACAACAAAGGUGUCCUGGAUCUCAUGAAGGACAGCAAACAUCACGAGCGGACUAAACACAUUGAUACCAAGUACAUGCGCACCAGAAACCAUGUCAAAGCCGGCGAUACCCGUCUUGAAGCUGUUGCUUCAGCAGAUAAUGUGGCAGACAUUUUUACCAAAGCUCUGGCUAAGCCGCAGUUUUUAUAUUUGAGGAAUCUUCUGGUCUUCUCCGCUAUGUCUAAUCACGGAAACACUACAGGAGUCAAUGAAGGACCCUCAUCCUUCGAGUCAGCCAGCACUGGAAGUUCUGUUGCCCACUCAACAUCUGAGACCCAUUCAAAGAACAACGCCAGCUCUUAUGAGACAUUCGCCGAUCUCCCUGUUCAUCGUCAAAUUGAUCUCGCUGACCGUUCUGGAUUUACCGUUAGACAAUUAACCAUUGCCAACGUGCCAGUUUGUUCCGAAGGAUGUGAAGCUGAAUUAAAAGUCUUAGCAGACUUGACAGCUUACAUUAGAAACUCAAACUUCAAAGCUAGUCCUCCCCCAUCUCAAAAGGUAAGGAAAGGAUUUUUUUCGAAAUCCAACAGCAUGCCAUAA